AUGGUACCCUUCUCUCUGCGAAGUCUAGUGCACUGGUCAGCUCUGGCCCAAGUUCUUCUUGUCGUCGUCACUGCGAAAGAGACACCUGCAAAUCAUGUCAAUAAGUCGUUCAAGAUCACUCCUACUCCGCAAGAGCUGUCUUCCCACGGCCAAGCAAUAUCACUGUCGCAAGAACAUGUGACCCUCGUCGUCGGGAACACGACAGAUUCCAGCACACUUGACGUGAUCAAAACCAUCGUAUCCCUGGCUGGUGGAAAGGUCGGCGUUUCAUUCCCAUCGACAGGCAAAAGAACACAGAUUGUCGCGGUCACUCAAUCUGAGAACCAGCUUGCCGCUGAUCUUGCGAGAUCUCUCACCGGCAAGUCUGCGGAUGAUCUGCUCCCGGAUGGCUAUAUUCUCGCAACCGGCACACAUGGCGGACAAGCCACCAUCGUGCUCAAUGGCGUGGACAAGCGUGUUCACAUUCGCCUUGUCUCCCGGCCUGGAUCUGUGCUACUCGUCGAGGCUGACUUUGAAGCAACGAUCAAAAAGUUCGACCAGGCUCGCAUACUUGGCGUCAGAAGAUUCUAUAUCGCCUUUGACGAUAUACCCACCGUUUUCCACUGCGACUCGGACAAGGCAAAGCGGACGGAUGAAGGUGACUGGCACUGGCUCGCCGAUGCACAGGCUUACUAUCUGAACCCCGUCCAGGAGGAAUAUAUCAUCUCAAAUAGUCUGAACGAUCUUGAAACCCGGACAGGCGAAGCGGUGUUCAGCGAUCGAAUCAACAAGACCAGCGUUCAACAAGCGGACUCCACAUACGUGACCGACAAAUUGUUCCUGUGGGACAACUUUCCCGUCAACGACGGCAAACGCGAUCGACUGUUUCUCAAUCCACUCACUGAUCCCGGUGCUCCGGACCUUUACAAGUAUCUUCUUUGCUUUACUUCUAAUUCAAUGGAACAAGCCUAUGCCACGAUGCCUGCGCUUGCAAAUUAG